CUGGAGGGGGGGUAGGGGGGGUGAAAGCAUGUAGAAGAACAUUCCUUGGGGAUGCCAUAGAGCUCUGUUGAUGCAGGAAACUGAACUUAAGACCUUUUGUGCACUUGUUAUGGCCACCCUCCCAUUGGGCUGCACAACCCAUGCAGUGCUGGUACUGCAGUGGGUUUGUGCCCCCCAUAUGGGAUGUGCUGGGGAGCAUGGGCUGCUGGGAGCUCCCCCACCAGCAACAGGACCAGCAGGAAAAUUCACCUGUGUGCUCAGCAUGUUGGGACCAGCCUGCGGUGGGAGGGAGCGUGGUUCUCCUUUCCAUGUCCUCACCAGCACCUUAUUUCCUCCUUCCUGGAGGCUUUUCCCACCAGCAAUGUUAAGAUCACCUCUUCUCGGCCAGAUCCUUGGAUGGUUUAGGGGAAAAGCUGUGUUUGGGGAGUGUACUGCUGGCUGGUAACUGGGGCGCAGGGCCCACGUGCCACCCCCAGGCUUGCACCACAACCGGUUCUCCGUGCUCAGCCGGCUCAGCUGUGGAACGCUCCUCCGCACCCUGCAACGUGCUCAGGGCACAGCAGUGAACCCAUGCCUACGUGUCCUCCGUGGGGCUGUGCCCACCUGGGGCCAUUCAUGUUCUUGGCCUCCAGCAUGAUGCUGGUAGAGAUGUCCAUGUCCGUGGGUCAGGCAGUUCAUCUCUGUUGGAUUAUGCAGGCUGUCCAUGGGUCAAGCUGGGCCAUCCCACUGUGCACACUCAGCAUUUUUGGGUUGUGUGGUGCGUGCAACCCCUUCCCUGCUUACUCAGCAUCUCGCAGGGUGAGCAGGUGACCCAACAUCCAUGAAAACAGUGAUUAAAGUGGACAGCUUUCCGAUCAGGGAGGAUGUGGCAGGUGGGAAUGGAGUCACAGGCUGCUUUGUGCUGGGGCUGCGUACCCUUAUUUCUGAUCUCUAGCAUCGUAUUUCUGUGUGCAAGCUUGUUUUCCUUUAUCAAAGUAUAGAGAGGGAGAAAUGGCUUAAAAAAAUAAAGGGUAGAUUUUGCAUCAACAAUCCCUUUUCUGCCAUAAAUGCAUAAGUAUCAGCAAUAGAUAUUUUUCAAUGUACUAAGCUCAGAAAGAGGCUGCAGGUUGCAAUGCUUUGUCUCUUUUCUUUUGAAUGGGGCUACCCCUUGGCUCCUGUCUGUCUUGCCCUUCCUGUUCAACCCACCGUUGCUGUACCUAUAUCAGCUGAUGCAGUGAGCACAUGCCUGUGUGGGACUAGUCUAUGGGAACAGUCCCCAUUGGACCCACCCUGCCCUGGGGCAGCCCAGCAGCAGCACAGAGAGCUGUGCUAGCACUUUUGGGGCAGAUGCAGCCUAUGGAGAGAUGCUGCUUGCUCUGUCGUGCUUGCACAGAAUACAUCCUGACAUGCGGAGGUGGCAAUUAAACAGCGAUGCUGGGAGGUGCUUAUCAGAUGGCAUUACACCAUGCCUGGCCUGAGAGAGUGAUGCUGUCACCCCUGGAUUAUUGAUUUUGCAAGAUUUAUGAGUGCUUUUUUUACGGUGACGCCUUACUGGGUGGAUUCAGUCUUCCAGGCUGUGGGUGCCUCACAUUCACUGUGAUUUUAAGAUGGGAGGGAAGCUGCUGUGAUGUGCAUCUGUCCUCAUUGAGGAUAACAAGUGAUGUUGCAAAAGGAGAAGGAGGGAGAGCUGGGGCUGCAUGAGAUUUUCAUGCCAUCAGCACAUAGCAUAGAUAAAAUAAUAGUAAGUGAUGCUAUUGUGAAAGCUGAGGCCAGUCAAGGCAGGAGGAAGGAGCAGCAUAGCAUCACUCCUUGCUGACUUUGCAGCUGGGAAUGGGAUGUGAUGGGAUAGGAUAGGAUAGGAUAGGAUAGGAUAGGAUAGGAUAGGAUAGGAUAGGAUAGGAUAGGAUAGGGUGGGGUGAGACGGAAUGUGAUGGUAUGAAAGGGAGUGUGAUGGAGCAGGAAGUGAUGUUAGGAUGCAAUGAGAUGAGGUGGAAUGGGAUGGUAUGAAAUGCGAAGCAAUGAGAUGUGAUAGGAUGGAAUGGGAUGAGUAAUGGUGAGAUGAAAUGUGAUGGAUGGUUGAGAUGCAGUGGAUGAGUAGAAUGGGAUAGGAUGAGGUGGGAUGCAGUGAGGUGAGAUGGAGGGGAAACUGUGAUGGAAUGGGAUAGGAUGAGUUGGGAUGGGAAGAGAUAGGAUGGGUUGCAAUGUGAUGAGAUGCAAGGAGAUGGGAUAGGAGGUUUGCAUGAAGCAGGGUGACAGUCCAUGGGUUUGGGGGUCAUGGCUGCCACCCUGGGGAUCCACAUGUGUGCCUGGGUGCUGAUGUUCUCCUCUCCUCCCCCAGCUGGGGCCAGCCCCCUCCCUGAGUGUGGCGAGCAGCCGGAGGAGUGGUGCCGUGAUGUGGGGACAGCGGCCAAGUGCGGGGUGCUGGAGCUGUGCCGGCUCACUGUCUGGGACCAAGCACUAGGGAAAGGGGUCCCGUGCCACCUGUGCCAGGUGGUGGUGUCCAUGAUGGGAAAGAUCCUGCAGGACAACUCCACUGAGGAAAAGCUACGGGUUUUCUUGGAUAAGAGAUGCCAGUAUCUGCCCUUCCAGGACUGGUCAGUCAAGUGCAAGAAGAUGGUAGACACUGGAGUCCUCAUCCUGGCCCAACUGGGCAAGCAAGUGCUGUCAGACCCGAAGGUGGUGUGUGGCACUAUCAAGUUGUGUCAACGCCAGGGGGGCCGUGAAGGGGCCCUGAAGUUUCAGGAACAGCCACCAGCUCCCGCUGACCCCGCACAGGACUUGGCCCAACUGGCUGUGCCCUUCAUCAAUGGCAUCCCACUCCUGCUCCAGCCCCAGGACCUGCCACAUACCCAGGACACUGGGGACCUGUGUGAGGACUGUGCCCGGCUGGUGGCAGCUGUGCAGUUGGAGCUGAGCAAUGGGGCCACCACUGCCCGCUCACUGGUGGCACGUGCCAAGGAGGAGUGCGAGGGUCUGGGGCCCGUCCUGGCAGAGAGGUGCAAUUACUACCUGACCAAAUACAUGGACACAGCUGCCUGGAUGCUCCAGCACUUGGUGGCUGAGGACCCACGGGAGCUCUGUGGCAUGAUGGAGCUCUGCCCCACAGAAUCAGGACCCCUGCACACGCUGCUCUCCGAAAAGAUGGCCCAGCUCCUGGGCACGCUGCUCUCCAAGAUGGAGGCCACGCCGCUGUGCGAGGUGUGCGAGUUUGCAGUGCGGACGGCUGAGAGCCUCCUGGAGAACAACAUGACCGAGGAGCAGCUGGUGAAUGACAUCGAGAAGGUGUGUUACAUGCUACCGCACAGCGUCAUUGGGCAGUGCAAGGACUUUGUGGAUUCGUAUGGCAAGGCAGUGGUCAUCAUGCUGCUGGAGGCCACCGACCCGCAGGCUGUGUGCACCAUGCUGCAUGUCUGCCCGCGCCAGGGGAAAGCCCGGGGGGCAGAGCUGGGGUCAGCACUGGAGCCGGCUGCUGGAGCCUUCUGCAACGUCUGCCAGAUCCUCAUCACCUACCUGGAUAACGAGCUGCUGAAGAACGAGACACUGACAGAGCUGGGCGAUAUGCUGGAAAAGGGCUGUGAGCUGCUGCCCGGCCCGCUCACCAGCACGUGCGAGGCGCUGGUGGUGCAGUAUGAGCCAGCAGCCGUGCGGCUUCUCGUGCAGAUCAUGGACCCUGACUUUGUCUGCACUAAACUCCGAGCUUGUGACUCAGAGCUGACCUCAGCCCCCUGCGCCCAGGGACCCGACUACUGGUGCAUCAGCAUGGCCACUGCCACCGAGUGUGACGCUGUGGAGCACUGCAGGAAGCAUGUGUGGAACUAGGAGCACCUCCACCCUGGACCCCCCUCUCCUUGGGAUGUGGCUACAGCACCAGGGAUGGGGUGUCCCGGAGGGUCCCUGCUGGACUCCGGGGCACUCCAGCCCACUUUGUUGCCUUCUUUUCCACCCCUGGGACUUGGAUUUUUGGAUCGGGUUAAGGGACUUUGUCUUGUUGUUGGGACUGAGAGCUCAGUGGUAGGCUUGUUUCAACAUCCCCCCCAUCAUGCUACCUGCUGAGUGAAGCCCUUUGGUCAUCCCCUUUUGCAUCCCACCCAGAACCAAUACCAAAGCCUUGAUCGGAGAAGCUCCAUGGACUGGGAUGGGCUCUGCUGCUGCAGUGCUGGUCCCAGUUUGCUGGUGCUCUCACUCCACAGUUCUCACACGGUUUUUGGCAAGACCUUUGCUAGCCUCAGUCCCAGCUGGGGUGGCUUUUUAGUUUUAUUUUUUUUCCCAUGGUCACCAGUUAAAGAAAGAAAGCAGAUUCCACAUGCCUGGCUUCGCAUGACUUCUGCAGUAGAUGAAUGUUGCAGGUGGGAAGAAGACAUAGGCUGGUCUUAGAAACAUGCACAUGUUUGUUUUUAGAGAGAGAUAUAUGUAUAUGUUUAUGUAUAUAUGCACAUAUACGUGUGUAUAAAUAUAUGUAUGCAUACAUGUAUAUGUAUAUAUACACAUACACAUAAAAUAUAUAGAUAGAUAGAUAAAUAGGUAGACACUGCCCUAACACUGCUGCUGUGUGAGGAUGGGCACAGCCUGCAGAAGGAUGCAAACCCAGCACUGCAGGGCUGGGAUGUGGGGUUCCCUACCUUCAGGGCAGCAUGGGCUGGUAUCCCCAGCCCAGGGCAUGGGAUGCAACAUGGGGUCACCUUCAAUCUGCUGGUAGGGGAGCCUUGUUGGAAUAUAUAUCUAUAGUAUGGGCAUCCCAUAAACACACAAACAAGUGAGUUAUGGAGUUUCCUUCCCAGCAAACAUCCUUUGCAGGGGAUCCUGAUGCCACAGUGUGGUGAUGAGGCAGUGGUGUGUUGGCUUGUUCUCAUCUCACCACCAAUAAACACCUCCAUCAGCCCAG